GGCGAACCAUUCUCUUCCCUUGUGUUCUUGUGUGCACCCACUUUUUUACGUGAUUCCACGUACCACGAAUGUCAUCUUCUCUACAUACAUCAUCUUAUUACAAGAUAGAUUGGUUUGAUGCAGACUUCAACAGAGAGCGCAAGAGAGGGGGAAAGGGGAAAGAGGAGGUGGGGAGGAUAUGGUUCUCUUAUUUAGUCAACCUAAGAAGACAAAGGGAGAUGGUGAUUUUCAUAAUGUCAGAGUCUAGAUUCGUUUUCUCUACUCAUUCCUUCCUUUGAUUAAUAAGCAAAUAAGGCUAUCCCUCCACUGCCCUCCAUAAAAAAACUUCAUAUAUUCGAUUCUCCUCCACUGAUAUCAGCAACCAAACCACCCCCCUUGUUUAUAUAUCUCACCCCCGUGUUGCAAUUUGACCUCAAAUAUCUUUCAAUAAACCAUGGUAUUUGAUAUCAAUAUUUGCAACACCAGACUUAGUCUUGGCCUAGGCUCCACCUUUACUACCAGAAAUAAUGAUCAAAAUCAUCUUCCUCAGUUUGAUCAUCAUGAAGAGUUCAAGAAUAAAUCAUCACCCAAAAUUGAUCACUUUUCUCUGACUUUAGGCUUGCCAUCAGAGCUUGAAACCAUUAGUGUUGAUGCUGGUGCCAAAGGUGAUCAAUCUUGUAAUAUACAUGGACAGCAGGCCUCAUCAGUUAGUGCGGUUUCAUCAUUUUCCAAUUCCAGUGUCAAAAGGGAAAGGGAGGCUAGCGUUGAAGAAGUAGAGGAAGAACGAGUUUCUCCAAAGAUUUGUGAAGAUCAAGACGAAGAGGGUCCGAGGAAAAAACUUAGAUUGACAAAAGAACAGUCUCUUAUUUUAGAAGACAGUUUCAAAGAGCACAGCACUCUCAAUCCUAAACAAAAGCAAGCCUUAGCAAAUAGGUUGAAUUUACGGCCACGACAGGUAGAAGUGUGGUUCCAGAACAGAAGAGCCAGGACGAAGCUGAAACAAACGGAAGUGGACUGUGAGUUAUUAAAGAAAUGUUGUGAGACACUAAAAGAAGAGAAUAGAAGACUAAACAAAGAAUUGCAAGAGCUAAAAGCAAUGAAGCUGGCGGCGCCACCGCCGUUGUACAUGCAGAUACCGGCAGCCACUCUUAGCAUGUGCCCAUCUUGUGAGAGGAUAAGCAGUGGUGGUCAUGUUGGUGAGAAGUCUUCUAAAAUUUCUUUCUCCAUCGGAGCGAAGCCUCGCUAUUAUAGCCCCUUUGCCAAUCAUCCCUCUGCAGCUUGCUAGACAACUCAGUUAAUUAGUCACUUAGGCUCCAAUAUUAUUUGGCCAAUACUCAUAUAUUAAAUAGAUUGUAUAUCCUUUGUGCCU